AUGUCCAAUAUUUCGACCAAAAAUAGCCAUACGGAUGAAGUUAUGGUGAACCAGCAUCUUAUCCGUGGAAGGAUCCCCGUGAGCCGAGACUCCUCCAUCGAACGAACAUCUGAUGCAUCAUCCAGCGACAGAAGAUAUGCUCUUUUUGCUCAAGAAAUGUCAGCAGAUACCGCUUCUUUAAGAAAUGUGGAUAAAAUGGAGAUGUCAAUAACGGACAUGGUGCGUCGUCUCUGGGAAUCUCGUGAGGUUUGCAACGCCAUCGAAGACUACGAUAAAGAGCUUUUUGGAAAAAUUGCGAACUGUAUUUUUCGUUAA